UCCCCAGUUAACCUCAGAUAAGAACAUACGCCGAUGUCUGAUGUAAAUAAGUUCUAUGCUUCAGAAUAUAACACAAGAUAUGGAGUUUACAGUUUAGUAUAAGUCAUUUCUAGCAUGUAAACUUGUACUGAGAAAUUCGUUUAUCCCUUUCCCCUCUUCUCUACUAACGGAAGUCACCUGGGUCCAAUAUGGCCGCGCCCUUGCGAACGUGACUUGCGCCUGUCAGGCCGAUGGGAAAUUCAUAAAUACAGACAAACAUCGAUGAAACUGAGCACAGUUAGAUUUUCUUGCAGAGAGAUGAGGCCUGUUCCUUUCAAUAAGGUUUUCCCCUGUUUGCGGGUCCACCUCACUUCAAGUGUCACACAAGCUCUUCAGCAGAAGAGAACAAUGUCUUCAAAGUGUCGCAGUAUAUAUUCCAUAUGUCGAACAGCAAAUGUUCGAACAAUAGUUUGUGCACCAUUAUCAAGUGUAUGUCACAUACCAAGUCCUGACGUUUACCAACAACAAGUUUGUUAUUUCUCAGUAGACACUUACAACAAAUUUUUUUCGCCUGAAAUGCCACCUAUAGGGUUUGCCCAGAGUGUAUUAGAGAGUGUCCACACUUGGUCCGGUCUCCCCUGGUGGGCUUGUAUUGCAAUAACAACCUUCGCCUUACGAGCCUGUGUGACCUUGCCCGUGGCUGUUUACUGUGCCAGAGUUCGAGCCCGAGUGGAGAAGUUACAGCCGGAGAUGUUAGCAUUGUCAAAGCAGCUGAAACAGGAAGUGGGCAUGGCCAUGACGAUGUACAAGUGGGAUGAGAAGAAAGCCAGACAGGAGUAUCGGAAGAAUAUGAAGAGGUUGAUGAGUGAUAUCUAUGUGCGUGAGAACUGCCAUCCUCUGAAAGGUCACACAUCAGUCUAUCCAGCGCUCAUCCAGCUGCCAGUAGUUGGCGGUGAGUGUGUAUAA